AAUCAUAUUUUCAUUUUAAAAUCGUUGAACUUGCGAAGUCUGCGUUAAAACUGUGUUAUAAAUAAUAAUUUUCCUUCUACACAAGCCGAGGACAAUUUCUAUAAACGACAUAUUUUGCUAAUAUAGUGAAAUCAUGACAUCCACAGCAAACGAAACUGCUGAAGAACGUCGUCGCAGGGUGCUCGUUGGGCCCUUGCCUUCAGGAUUUUUAAGAGCUGAUGGUGUGGCAACUACAGUGGAUGCUGACUACCAAGCGGCUCUGGCACUUCAGCAGCAGCUAUGUGGACCUGCAAUGGCUACUGGUGGUCCUCCUCUCACAGCAAGACUCAGUGUUACCAUUGCUCAAGCCAAGCUUGUUAAAAACUAUGGACUGACCCGCAUGGACCCGUACGUGCGCCUGCGCGUCGGCCACUGCAUAUACGAGACACAAACUGACGCCAGCGGUGGGAAAACGCCCAGGUGGAACAAGGUUAUACACUGUCUGCUGCCGCCGGGUGUAAACUCUGUGUACCUCGAGAUAUUCGACGAGUGCUCCUUCACCAUGGACGAGCUUAUCGCCUGGACACACAUCACAAUACCCUCCGCUGUCAUGAAGGGCGAGACCCACGAGGACUGGUACCCGUUGAACGGCAAGCAGGGUGACGGCAUGGAGGGCAUGAUCAACCUGGUCUUCAGCUACUCGGUCGGUCCAGCGGCAGUAGCGGCGUUCCCUCCCAUGCUGGUGGUGCCGAGCACGGGGAUGGGGUACGCGGCCAUGCCGGUGUACCCCGCGCCGGCGCAGCACUACCCGCCGCAGCAGCAGCAACCGCAACAGCAACAACCGCAGCCGCAGCCGCUGACGGAGGAGGAGAUGAAACAGAUCUGCGAAAUGUUCCCAAGCAUCGACCGCGAGGUUAUCAAGUCCGUGGUUGAUGCCAACCGCGGCAACCGCGACGCCAUCGUCAACUCGCUGCUGCAGAUGUCAGAGUAAUAUCUGUCUCUUUCCAACCAGGCUCUUAGAGCGAUAUCGACCUCUUUCUUACACCAAUUUACCAAUAACUGCUGCAGAUUUUCGAGUAAUAUCUCAAUCUCUUUCCAACCAGACUGUUGAAACGAUAUCGACCUCUCUUUC